AUGAGGCCUGAGAACCAGAGCAGCGUGUCCGAGUUCCUCCUCCUGGGGCUCCCCGUCCCCCCGGAGCAGCAGGGUGUGUUCUUUGCCCUGUUCCUGGGCAUGUACCUGACCACGGUGCUGGGGAACCUGCUCAUCAUCCUGCUCGUCAGGCUGGACUCGCGCCUCCACACCCCCAUGUACUUCCUGCUCAGCCACCUGGCCCUCUCUGAUGUCUCCUUUGCAUCCAUCACUGUCCCAAAGAUGCUGAUGAACAUGCAGACACAAUGCCAAUCUAUCACAUAUUCUGGGUGCAUUUCACAGGUGUUUUUCAUUGCAUUGUUUGGUUCCCUUGAUAGCUUUCUCCUCACAGUGAUGGCGUAUGACAGGUAUGUGGCCAUCUGUCACCCUCUCCAUUAUACCACCAUCAUGAGGGACGAGGUGUGUAUCCUCCUUGUGGUUGGGUGCUGGCUCUCCUCCUGUGCCCAGGCUCUCCUGCACACCCUCCUUGUGAACCAGCUUAUGGGGCCUGAGAACCAGAGCAGCGUGUCCGAGUUCCUCCUCCUGGGGCUCCCCAUCCCACCGGAGCAGCAGGGCGUGCUCUUCGCCCUGUUCCUGGGCAUGUACCUGACCACGGUGCUGGGGAACCUGCUCAUCAUCCUGCUCGUCAGGCUGGACUUGCGCCUCCACACCCCUAUGUACUCCCUCCUCAGAUUCUUUGGUUCUCUUGACAGCUUUCUUCUCACAGUGAUGGCGUAUGACAGGUAUGUGGCCAUCUGUCACCCUCUCCACUACACCACCAUCAUGAGGGACGAGGUGUAUAUUCUCCUUGUGAUUGGGUGCUGGUUGUUUUCUUUUGCCCGGGCUCUGAUGCACACCCUGCUUAUGAACCGCCUGUCCUUCCAUGUAGAGACUAUCAUUCCACACUUCUUUUGUGACCUUGCUGUUAUGCUCAAGUCCUCCUGCUCAGACACCUCCCUCAAUGAGCUGCUCAUCCUCACUGAAGGUGGAUUAGUCCUCUUUCUGUUAGUGAGUGGGAUCUUGGGCUCAUAUGUCCACAUUACAGUCAUCAUCCUGAAGGUCCCCUCCCUCCAAAAAAUCUCCAACGUCUUGUCUACAUGUGGCUCUCACCUCUCUGUAGUGCUUUUAUACUAUGGGACAAUUACAGGUGUUUACUAUGUCCCGGCAUCAGGCAAGUUUGAGGACAAGAACAUAAUUUCUUCUGUGAUGUACAUUGUGGUCACCCCCAUGCUGAACCCCUUCAUCUACAGCCUGAGGAAUAAUGAUAUGAAACCUGCUCUUCAGAAAAUAUUCAGAUCCAAGAACGCCCCUUGGUGUCAUUAA